CAGCGCACAUACACACAAAGAUCAUUUCUCACUCUACAGCACUUAGCACUUGGCAAUUUGGCUUUUGUUUAUGACCCUCAACUCUCAAAAUCCUAAUCAACCCCUUACUUUGUUGCCAAGUGUCACCAACCCAUUUCCUAGAAGACUCCUUCUCUUCAUCUGCCUCUCAAAAUUAAAAAAGGAAACCUUUUUUUGUCACUAAAAUAGUCUGAUUUUCAUAUAAUUCCAAACACAGGGUUGUUUUUGUGUUGAGAAAUGAAAACUACUCUGUAACAUUCUCUGUUUCAUGCUAUCCUCAAACACAAAAAAAGCACCAUCUCAAUCUUUUUUCUUCAGUGCCCAUUUCUCCACAAUGCUCAAAAUCCUCAACAGAAGGCUCAGACGCCUCUGCUCUCGUCUCCGGUGGCCGAUUCAUCGCCGGUCCAGGCCAAAAAUUCUCAUCAGAAAAUUGGGAAAAUCAAACUCCAAUCAUCAUAAUGACAGUAGAAAUGAAUCUAGCAUGAACGGGUCAGCAACUGUCCAUCCAAAUGGCCUUUUUGAUUGCUUGAAAACAGAGGAGAAGCCUAUAAAGAUAGCAACUUUCAAUGCUGCUCUGUUCUCAAUGGCCCCUGUAGUGCCUAAAGUGUUCAAUUCUUCAAGUAUUGACUACGAUAUUGAAGAUUUUGAAAAGGGUAAAACUUCUUUAAACUUCAACUUGCGCACAAGGUCUGCAAAUGAUCGGCCAAAGAGUAUACUAAAGCAGUCUCCCCUGCAUCCAAGCUCCACGAAUGGUAAUGAGAAUCUUUCAGAACAGCAAAAGUUUGCCAAAUCAAAGUUAAGGGUGUCAAUAAAUUUGCCAGAUAAUGAAAUUUCAUUACUGAGAAACAGGCAACUGAGCUUUGUAAAAGAUGGAGAGGAGGCUAAUUCAAGCAGCAAUUUAACUAGAAGUCUUAGAGGAAAAGCUCCAGUGAGGUCACAAAGCGCGAUUUCUUCAAGAAAUGUCGUUAAUGGAGUCGAUAGAGAUAAUUAUAGGAGUAGAAGAACAGUUGUUGAAGUUUUGAAAGAACUGGAUGCUGAUAUAUUAGCUCUACAAGAUGUGAAAGCAGAGGAAGAGAAAGAAAUGAAGCCUCUUUCUGAUUUGGCUGCUGCUUUAGGAAUGAAUUAUGUUUUUGCUGAAAGUUGGGCUCCUGAAUAUGGCAAUGCUAUCUUGUCUAAAUGGCCAAUUAAGAGAUGGGAAGUUCAGAAAAUCUUUGAUGAUACUGAUUUCAGGAAUGUUCUUAAGGCAACAAUAGAUGCGCCCCAGAAAGGAGAAGUCAACUUAUACUGUACACAUCUUGAUCAUCUUGAUGAGAAUUGGAGGAUGAAGCAAAUUAAUGCAAUUAUACAAUCUACUGAUGGUCCCCAUAUCUUAGCUGGUGGUCUUAAUUCCUUGGAUGAAACGGAUUAUUCAGCAGAGAGGUGGACAGAUAUUGUCAAGUACCAUGAAGAGAUUGGGAAGCCAACACCAAAAGUAGAAGUGAUGGGAUUCUUGAAGAGUAAACACUACACUGAUGCUAAAGAAUUUGCGGGAGAAUGCGAGUCAGUAGUGAUGAUAGCUAAAGGCCAAAAUGUGCAAGGGACAUGCAAGUAUGGAACCCGAGUAGACUACAUAUUGGCUUCGUCAAAUUCACCUUACAAGUUUGUUCCUGGAUCAUACUCUGUGUAUUCUUCGAAAGGAACUUCUGAUCAUCAUAUUGUUAAAGUUGAUAUAGUAAAAGUAAGUAGCAGCAGCAGUGAUCGAGAAAAUGUCGCAAGAAAGAGAAGGCAACCACCUAAACACAAAGUUGUAAGGAUACUUAACUCUUCUCCUUCCAAAGGUAUUUGGAAAGCACAUUCUUGAUGAGAAGUGUAGCUUUUGACCCUUUCUUUUUCUUUCUAUUUUUAUUUUUAUAACAAGAGAAAAAUGCCAAAUAAAUUUUAGUUAAGUUUCUUGGGUUUGAUUUCGAUUUCUUUCAUGGGAAAGAAGUAAAAAGGAGAGGCAUUGCUUUGUAAAUCAUUAAUUAAUGACUUCGUAGUAACAGCAGGAAAAGGUUGGUAUUUGGUACGGUACUUAAUUAUUUGUAUAGCGUUUAGAGAAAAUUGAAACAACAAGUCGCACUGCAAUUUCUUGGCA